AUGGCCAUCAUUGCAACGGUGGUCCUCGGCCUGCCCAGCGCCUGGGCCGCGAGCGCCUGCGCGCGCUCCUGCCCCGCCGCCUGCGCCUGCAGCAGCGUGGAGCGCGGCUGCUCGGUGCGCUGCGACCGCGCGGGCCUCCAGCGGGUGCCGGCCGAGUUCCCGUGCGAGGCGGUCUCCAUCGACCUGGACCGGAAUGGCCUGCGCUUCCUUGGAGAGCGGGCCUUCGGCACGCUGCCGUCGCUGCGCCGCCUGUCGCUGCGCCACAACAACCUGUCCUUCAUCACGCCCGGCGCUUUCAAGGGCCUGUCGCGCCUGGCCGAGCUGCGCCUGGCGCACAACGGCGACCUGCGUUACCUGCACGCGCGCACCUUCGUCACGCUGGGCCGCCUGCGCCGCCUCGACCUGGCUGCCUGCCGCCUCUUCAGCGUGCCGGAGCGCCUGCUGGCCGAGCUGCCGGCCCUGCGCGAGCUCGCCGCCUUUGACAACCUGUUCCGCCGCGUGCCGGGCGCGCUGCGCGGCCUGGCCAACCUGACGCAUGCGCACCUGGAGCGCAGCCGCAUCGAGGCGGUGGCCUCCAGCUCGCUGCAGGGCCUGCGGCGCCUGCGCUCGCUCAGCCUGCAGGCCAACCGCGUCCGCGCCGUUCACGCCGGCGCCUUCGGUGACUGCGGCGUCCUGGAGCACCUGCUGCUCAACGACAACCUGCUGGCGGCGCUGCCGGCCGACGCCUUCCGCGGCCUGCGCCGCCUGCGCACGCUCAACCUGGGUGGCAACGCUCUGGACCGCGUGGCGCGCGCCUGGUUCGCCGACCUGGCCGAGCUCGAGCUGCUCUACCUGGACCGCAACAGCAUCGCCUUUGUGGAGGAGGGCGCCUUCCAGAACCUCUCGGGCCUCCUCGCUCUGCACCUCAACAGCAACCGCCUCACAGUGCUCGCCUGGGCCGCCUUCCAGCCCGGCUUCUUCCUGGGCCGCCUCUUCCUCUUCCGCAACCCGUGGUGCUGCGACUGCCGCCUGGAGUGGCUGCAGGACUGGAUGGAGGGCCCCGGGCGCGUCACCGACGUGCCGUGCGCCUCCCCGGGCUCCGUGGCCGGCCUGGACCUCAGCCACGUGGCUUUCGGGCGCUCCUCUGAUGGCCUCUGUGUGGACCCCGAAGAGCUGAACUUCACUGUGUCCAGUCCAGGCCCGUCCGAAGAGCCAGAGGCCACCACUGUGAGCAGGUUCAGCAGCCUCCUUUCCAAGCUGCUGGCUCCGAGGGCCCCAGUGGAGGAGGCGUUCAACACCACUGUGGGGCUGGCUAACGCCUCCCUGUCCGACAGCCUUCCCUCCCGUGGGAUGGGAGGCUCUGGAAGCAAGUCCGCGUUUCUCCUUGCCUCUUGUCUCCUGCUCCGCGUGGCCCAGCACGUGGUGUUUGGCCUGCAGAUGGACUGA